AGUGUGCGGGCAGUUUGGCAGCUGGGGCUGCCGAUUUAAUAGGUGAAUUUACAGGGACAACACUUGAAAAUCCCCUGGCGAGUGAACCAUUAAGCCGUCAGCUCGCUGCUCCGCUAUAAAUACUUCAGGCCCAGGUGGAGGGACGGGCAGGGGGAGCGGCGCGGGAGCCUAUGCAUGGCCGGGCAGCAGCGCCAAGGGUGACUCCUGGGGGUGCCUCUGGGCGCUGACAUGGCUGCGGGUGUCAUCCAGCCCCUGGCCGAGCUGCGGCUGCCCUCGCCCUUCCCGCACGGCCUCCUGCUGCCCACACACCCUGAGCCCGACUUCCCCGACCUCUCCGAGGAGGAGGAGGAGGAAGAAGAGGAGGAAGAGGAGGAGGACGUGGAAGCAGUGGAGGAGAGCGUGAGGCCGGAGCUGGCCGGUGUCUCCAGCACUGCCGAGACCACCCUGCGUCUCCUCAAGUUUUCGGAGCUCAUCAGCUGCGACAUCCAGCGCUACUUCGGGCGGCGGGGCCGGGAGGAGGCCGCCAGCAGCCGCCCCGCGCCCGCGGACUGCGGCUCGGCCCAGAGCGCUGAGGCCGUGCCCGAGGCCCCGCGGGGCAGCCCGGGGGCCGCGCACAGGCUGGGGCCGCUGGCCGAGCUCUUCGAGUACGGCGUGCACCGGUGCCUGCCCGCACGGGGGGCCGGAGGCAAGACCCAGCGGCUGGAGAGGAAGUACGGCCACAUCACCCCCAUGCACCGCAGGAAGCUGCCGCCCUCCUUCUGGAAAGAGCCGGGCCCGGGCCCCGCCGGCCUCCUCCACGCUGGCACCCCUGACUUCAGCGACCUCCUGGCCACCUGGACAGUGGAGCCAGGGCCAGAGCUGCCAGGCGCCGGGCGGGAGCUGCUGGCUCGCCCGGGGCUGGAGGCAGAGCCCUUUGCUGGGCUGUGACCCCACUGUGGCCCCGGGCCCGCCACGUGCCACCCAGUUAAUGAUAAACCUGGAGGCCCCAGUGCCAGCACCGGGGCACUCGGAGCUGCCGGCUCGAAGCCGGUGACGGGACGAGUGAAUAAAUGACUCCCGCCAGGCAGCAGCGUGUGCGGUGUCCUUUGCCACCCGCCACCGUGCCAGAGACAAAGGGCCACCCACGGCUUGGCAUGACCCUCGGGGAGCGGGAAGAGCAGGGAAGCACGGUGCCGGCAGGAGCCAGCAGCCCGUGUUUACUCUGCGGCCCAGGCCGGUGGAUCCCAUCCCCUUAUCUCGGCCGCGCCGGGGCAAAGGGCGACGUGGGGCCUCAUAAAGCACCCGGCUGUCAGCACACGGGGGACCCAGCACUGCCCUGGGGACCCACUGUGCCCUACAGCUCUCCUGCCCCAGGGCUCUGCACCCACACAGGAGCGCAGGGCUGGCUCUUCUUCCCCAUGGCCGGACCUGGCUGUUACCAGGGCCCAGCUGAGGCAUCCUCUGCUUUGUGUUGGUGUUGAAAGGGAAAAG